AUAAAACGGUCUCUCACUGACAAAAAUAUGUUCUUCACACGUGCAACUGCUAAGAAAUAAGAAAUUUUAAAUACAAUAAUCCACUUAACAAGAAAAUGAGCAAGAAAAAUAAGUCGACUUUAGGCAGGUCCUUAAUUAAAGAUCGUUUUGGACAGAAAAACGCCAGAAAAAAAGUUGACAAUGAUUCAAUGCUUCACACCACCGAAGUGCAGGACGGCUACGACUGGGGUCGUCUUAAUCUCCAAUCUGUUACCGAAGAAUCUUCUUUCCAAGAGUUUCUUCGCACAGCCGAACUAGCUGGCACUGAAUUUCAAGCUGAAAAACUUAAUAUUGCAUUUGUUAAUCCCAAAAGCAACAUUGGAUUGUUGUCGAAAACUGAAGAGACCAUCUUGGAGAAGAGACACUUUGAUAAGAAAGAGCUAUUGAAAAUUCCACGUCGUCCUAAGUGGGAUGAAUCUACGUCAGCCGAAGAUUUACAGAGAGCUGAGAAUGAAUCCUUUUUAGAAUGGAGGCGUAAUAUAGCCUUGCUUCAGGAGGACGAGGACGAUCAAAUACUUCUCACACCUUAUGAGAAGAAUUUGGAAUUCUGGAGACAAUUAUGGCGUGUGGUAGAAAGAAGUGAUGUAGUUGUUCAGAUAGUCGAUGCUAGGAAUCCUUUAUUGUUUCGUAGCGAAGAUCUCGAAAAGUAUGUACAGGAAGUCAAGGACACCAAAAUGAACAUGAUUCUGAUAAACAAAUCAGAUUUACUCACCCAAGAGCAAAGAAUUGCAUGGGCAGAGUACUUCGAUAAGGAAAACAUUAAAGUAGCUUUCUUUUCGGCUUUCCUGGCAGAAGAAGAAGCCAAAGCUGAAAAGGCGAAGGAACAACACGAGAACGAUGAAGAUGAUGAAGAUAAUGAUUACAAAAGUGAUCAAACCCAAGAGAAAAUAAAAGAAAGCCGUGAAGACAACGAAACAAAAACUAUUGCUGUAGACGAUUUAAAAAAAGCUACCGAGGCUAUAAUAAAGGGCUUAGACAAAACUGAAGAACAGCUAAGAUUGAUUGAGAAUAAAAUUGGGUCUGGCGAAAAAUCCCAACUAAAUAAUCCCAAGCUUCUCAACAGAGCUGAACUGAUAGAAUUGUUCAGGAACGUUUAUCCAGGACAGAGAGCUAUGGAAAAGCACGUAACAAUAGGUCUUGUGGGAUAUCCAAAUGUCGGAAAGAGUAGUACCAUAAAUGCUUUAAUGGCCGAGAAGAAAGUUUCCGUUUCGGCGACCCCAGGAAAGACUAAACAUUUCCAGACGUUAUAUCUUGAAAACGAUAUUAUGCUGUGCGAUUGUCCCGGUUUGGUGAUGCCAAGUUUCGUGUUGACUAAAGCUGAUAUGAUACUUAAUGGAAUUCUUCCAAUUGAUCAGAUGAGAGAUUUUGUUCCACCGGUCAACCUGUUGUGUGCUCGCAUUCCAAAACAUAUUCUAGAAGAUAAAUACGGAAUCAUCAUUGCCAAACCGAUUGAAGGUGAAGAUCCCAACCGACCUCCUCAUGCAGAAGAAUUAUUAUUGGCUUAUGGGUAUAACCGAGGCUUUAUGACUGCCAACGGUCAACCGGAUCAAUCGAGAUCUGCACGUUAUGUGUUAAAGGACUACGUCAAUGGAAAACUUCUAUUUUGUCAUUCACCACCUGGAGUUAAUCAAGAAUCUUUUCAUACUUUUCCCAAACGAACAAGGAAAGUAGUCGAAGAAGAAUCCCUUCCCAAGAUGCAACAAAGAGCCAUGAGAAUAGAUAAAAAUGCCGCUACUGAGUUAAGUGAUCAAUUCUUCAAAACAAACAACGGAGCACUACAUGCUAGGGGCCGGUCUAGUUUUCCAUACAUUGGAAAUGGAAGUACUCAAGCGGCUGUCGAGGGUCAAGCAACAGACAAACCAUGGAGACGACCUAAAAAGGAAAAACGUGAAAAGCUCAGGAAAAAGUUUAGUCACUUAGAUCAACAUUAGUGUGAUAAUAUAUAUUUUUAUUUCUUGUGAAUACACAUAAAUUUAUACAAAAAAA